AUGUUCAAUGAGACUGUCAGCGCUGAGGAUAUCUGUAUGUGGCUGGGUAGACACUGCACUGUGAGAGGCCAGGCUAUGAAGGUGCGGGAUGUGGACGGCAUCUGGAACUGUGCUUGGCGGGUCCCCAUUAAACAAUGGGAAGACCCCCAAGGCUUCCAGGGCCUGAAGCAUCUCCCCUCAAUGAUAGUCCUGGGGGAGAACAGGGGCUACAUUCACUAUCAAGGCCAACCCAAACUGUGUCGGAAGUCCUCUGAUUGGAGGAGAGGAGGAGAGGGCGGGAAGCGGGGAGGGGAAGGAAGCCCCCCCCCCAGACCGAAACAUCCAGUGAGGGGGGGGGAGAUGCUAACCGAAGGCGGAGCUAGCUCGGACUCUGAGGAAGAACAGACGGACAGCAGCGAUGAUGCCCCCCUCCCCGACGCCCAGCUGGCUAAGAGGCCGGCAUCUGAGUCACCUCCCGACCUUACCCCCAAGGUAGGGAAGAGAGGAAGGCUGGAGGAACUCUUCGGUUCUUUCGGAGAGGAAUCCAGAGCCUUCCUCGCUGGCUCAUCCAAUGAGGCCUCGUUCCUAGACUUUGCUCACCAAUCAACCCCGGAGGACCCAAACAAGGACUGGGAACCAGUGACUCCAGUGCGCGGCCUCCUGUGUGGAGACGCCUCCACCGUUUGGCGCAACGUGAGCCAUCCCGUCCUUCCAAACAGACUCCAGGACCUGUCAUGGAUGGUGGCUCAUGGGAUCCUGCCGGUCAGAGCCGUUAUGCACUCCUGCGGCAUGUCUGCAACGUCCAUCUGCCCCCGACCCGGUUGUGGCGCGCCGGAGUCGGUGAGGCACCUGCUGUGGGAGUGCAGCGCUGCUGUGGACCUGUGGGCGAAGGCCGGCUCCUUGCAAUUCCCACACUUGCCAGCAAGGGAGGUCCUCGAACCACAGCUAGUGCUGUACGGGGUGAGCCAGCAGAAAAUAAAGAAAAAGGACUUUGCUGAGAUGUGGCUCACCCUAGCCACCAUAAAAGACGCCAUUUGGACCUCCAGAAACUUGCUGGUGAGCAGGCGCAGGCAGAUGCCCCCCGUGGCUGUGAUCCGGAUGGCGGCAGCAAAAAGAACAACAUCAAGGGCUGCAGGUGGCGCGCCAAGGACACAGCCACCAAGAAAAAUCGCCUGCGCCUCCGUGGACGAAGGAGCCGGCGCUCCACGAGCAGAGGUCCAAGCAGCGGCGGCCUGGCUCUCCGGGUGAGGCAGGAGGGAAGGAGCUUCAGGGCAGGUUUCCCCUCUGAGCACCAGCGCUGUUU